AUGGAGGCGAGAUCGAUGCCCUCCGCUGUGAGAAGCGACAAAUUGAAAGACUCGUCACAAUGGCGAGCAUGGUAUAUGCAAAUAAAGGCUUUUGCAGCACAAAGAACAGUCUGGGAUCUCUGUAACCCAGACACCGACGAAUUGCAUCGUCCAAAGGCUCUGGAAGAGCCAAUUGAGCCUGAAUACCCUGAGGAAGGAAACGAAAAGACCCUGAAGGCCUGGAGAGAUCGCUUGGAGAUCUACAAGAUCAAAGCGAACCGCUGGGAAAAGCAGCAAAAGGGUCUGAAUGAAGUGAAUGAUUAUAUCAUCACUUACCUGGACAACUCCCUACGUCUCAGUGUCCUCAUAUAUGAUACGCCUAUCGGACGCUUAGCAUACCUCAAGAAGCGCUUUGCCCGAUCUUACGUGUAUGAGGAGGAAGUGCGUAUGAAAUGGAAGGCUUUCUCUUCUCAAAGGCCUACUGGAGACGUCGAGAAAUGGCUGUUCGACUGGAAUGACCUACGAGAACAAGCUAUUAACCUCGAACUUGACGAGGUGAAGAGUGCAAACAAGGACUUCCUCUAUGCAAUCAAGGAUGUCUCACCGGUUUGGUGGCAGGCGUAUCACGAGAAGAUCAUCGUGAAAGGCAAAUCAAUCGAUACACCGGACCUGAUUGAAUCUUUUCGAGCGUCAUACCAGGAUGCGGGACCUAAUAGAGCGACACCCUCUCCGUCGGCAAUGAAGGGCUCUUUUUCUACUUGGCAAGGUCACCAAGAAGCAAGGAGUGGCACCAAAGACGUAAGGGGUGGGAAGAAUGGCAAGAAUGAGACGCCAUUCGACAAAAGGCCAUGCCCUUGCGGACGAAAGAACCAAAAACACAAUGCCGUUAAUUGCUUUAUCGUGAAUGAAGCAAUUAGACCCGACUGGUUCAUUCCAAACAAGGAAAACUUGCAAAAGGUCGAGAAAACGCUCUCAGCCGACCCAGAAUGGAAGAAAUGGAUAUUUGAAGCCAUUGAAAACGCUAAAACGCCAUCGAAUGCGGUCCAAUUGAGGAGCAUUGACACUCCACAGCCAACGAAGAUAGCAGAGAAUAUGUCCUUUGCUAGCAGAGCAUUCGGAUCUCACUUCGCUGAUUCUUCAUUUAAAGAGCGGUGGAUUCUUGACACUGGAUCAGGUGUACACGUCUGCAAUGAAAAGAGUCGAUUUGUGAAUCUCCAACCAUGUAAGGAGACUUUAGCGACUGGAGACGGUACCACUGCUGUCCUCGGACGCGGGACAGUCAGACUGACUGGCGUGGACCCGAUAUCGAAGCAAGAAAAGACAAUCACGCUAAGCAAUGCCUGCUAUGCACCUGAGGCUAUAUACAAGAUCACCAAGGAAUCCCUAUAG